AUGGCCCAGACCCGGAACAUCGUCCACGUCUCAGCCAACGAGCCGUUCCCCGAAUUGAUCGUGAAAGCCGAGGAUGGGGACAUUUUACAGGAUUUGAGUCAAUCGAGAAAUGGCCAAGAGGAGAUGUCCUCCUCGCAGAGGAGCCUGCUGAGCGCGUUCGAUGGGUGCCCCGAUCCGGACACCGUCCUCCGGGAGACUUUCCACUGUAAACGGCGCACACGCUCGACAGCCAAGCUGAUGCCAUUGCCAUUGGCACAACCGCCGCUCGAGUUGUACAAGAUCGAAUCUGCCACAGGGUACACCCCAACACGCUCGCAGGAGGUUAUCUACGAGCUCGCUGCCCCGUUCGAAGUCAUCGUCCCCGAGCAACAAAAGUCAAAGCGAACCCUCAAUUAUUUGGUUCGCGAAAGUGCCAAUCCGUUGGGAUCCCGACAGGUGCUCUUCACAAAGAUGGGGAUUGUCCCCUUUGAAUUCAACAUCCCGCUCGAGUACUACAACGCGCCGGGGGCCUGCUUGGCGAUAUCGGCUCGUUAUGAGGACAGUGUACUGAAGGAGAAGCUCGUCGAGAUGUGCCCGGUGCAUCAGAAAGAAGAAGAUUCGAAACUGGCCACCCCGGGACAACGGCUUUUCAUGCAGAUCCCCGACGAGGGCUAUCACCCGGCGAUGCUCGCGGCCGAGGGCAACCACUUCAACGCGAUCGCUAUCUCGCCGACCAACAGCCUGAAUCUGAAGUUUGCCUGCUUCUCCUCGUGCUCGUCGAUCAACCGCCGGCCGCUGAUCCUGAUCUUCGACCUGAAUGGCGAAGGGCUGCCGCCGCAGACGUUCCAAAUGGGCCUGCGCGUCUGCGCCAACCCGAAACGCGACGCCGAGAAGGAUGCCAGCGAGAAAACGCCGAACGGCGUGAAAUGCGACCCUGCCGCUAGCACCUCGGCUGCGACUCCUGGACAUCAAACAUCCCAAUUUCGGAAGCGCUCUCUCCCGUGCAAGCCGGUCGACGUGAAGCCGAAGAUCCGGCGCAGCGAGGGCGCGGUCGACGACACGCAAGUCAGGAACGUCCAGAUCAUUGGAAAGGAAAAGUACGAAAAGGCGGUGGCUUAUAUUGCGGAUUUGGAGAGAGCCGAGCGCUAUGAACAAGCCAAGGCGCACUCGAACCUCGGCGAGCCGAACCUGUUCGCGUCGUUGUCGCAGAUGAGUGAUGACACGAGCCUCGAAUUUUUCCUAAGCCAAGUCGGCGCCGGUGAGCACGCUGCCCAGCUCGCCGACAUGGGCUGCACGACGCUGGGCAGUCUCUGCGAGCACUUUACAGAGGAUCUCUUCGCGUCAAUCGGCAUCGAAAAGUCGAUGAGCGACUACCUGAACCGGGCCUACCUGAACUGGCGCAACCUCAAGGACGCCGCGGAUCUUCGCCUCAAUCGCUCG